AAUGAGAGAGAGAGAGGGGGAGAGAGGAGAGAGAGAAUACAGAUAGAAAGGAUUGGAAGAGAGUGGAGAGGAGAGAGAUAUUCUCCAUUGCCCUCUUUCUGAGCUUUCUUGUCUGAAAUUUCUCGCGAAUCCGGGAAAAAAUAAAAUCUUAUAUGUUGGGUUGUGUUGCUUCUAGGAUAUUUUCCCCAACUUCAUCUCUUUCUUUCAAUUUCUACACUUUUCAUUCCAACAAGAUCAAACCAUGCUAGGCUCCUCCUCCGUUGAGAACAAACUUCUUGAUGAUCCUGGCGGCCACAAUUCCUCUUCUAUUUCCUGCUCUAUUUGCCUUGAUGCUGUCACAGAUAAUGGUGACAGGUCUACAGCCAAGCUACAGUGCGGCCACGAAUUUCAUCUCGAUUGUAUUGGGUCAGCGUUCAAUGUGAAGGGUGCAAUGCAAUGCCCUAAUUGCCGAAAAAUUGAGAGAGGCAGAUGGUUAUAUGCUACUGGUCCUGCGCGAUCUCUUCCUGAAUUUCACAUUGAAGACUGGACUGUUGAUGAAGAUCCAUAUGAGCUAAGUUAUACUGAAAUGCCGUUUAGAGUUCACUGGUGUCCAUUCAGUGGAUUUACUCAAGUUCAUUCUUCUUUCGAGGACAUUGAUUCUCCAUCAGCAGCAUACCAUGAUUUGCAGAGGUACCGGGCUGAACAUGACCCAGCAUCAUCUGUAGCUCAUUCAUAUGUUGCUUACUUUGGACCUCUGCCUCCCCCUCCUCCUCCUCUGGCUUCCUCAAACACGAACGAGAUUCGCGAGGAUCCAAAUCUGAACAAUUCAUGGUCGGGUUUAUCUGAACGCAACGAGAUAUUCAAUCCCCACCACCCAUUAUUUCCUAUUGUUGAUAUCCAAUAUCAAAGUUGGGAUCAACUACCCCCUACAAUUCCUUUAUCAUCCACAAGUAACAGUGAUCAGGCCGCCGAGGUUAGAAGAACCGCCAGGGGAGAAUUCCGACACCCCUUCCCUUAUGGCCAUGGGACUGCCCCAGGUGUAGGAGGAAGUGGGGCUUCUUUGUUUUCAUCGUUUGUUCAUCCGACCAUUCAUGGACGUGGCGCAGCCCAUGAAAGAAGGCAGUAUGUUUCACAUGCUUCCAUUAAUCAUCAUCAGCAGCAACCAAAUAACCCCCCUUUGAGGAGACUGAACAACAGCCAAAGGGGCGGCGGAAGUAUGCCCUUGGUGAUGGCUGCAGCCGCCGCUCAGCCUGACAACCAUGGAAGAGGCUUCUUCUUGGUUCCGUCGCCGGUCAGUCAUGAAACUGAGAAUAAUAAUAAUAGUAAUAAUCCAUCACUCCACCAUCAUCAUAUCCACCAUCAUCAUCAUCCAUGGGACAGGGACAGUUUUUCUAGAAUGCCUGUUAUUUCAUUUGAGAGGGAUCCUGCUGUUAGGGGCUCCUUUCAUCGCGGUGGUGGUUUUGUUUCUGGGAGUAGGACAGGCGGGGGAGGUGGUGGUGGUUUUUGGCAAAGGCAUUGGCCUUGAAAGGAUUCACCUUUAUAAUUGGAAAUGUCCAGCCUGUUUGAAUUAAAAGUUGGGUUUAUCUAAAAAAGUUUUAAAACUGAAAAUGUAAUGUUUGUAAAUUGUGACGAUGAGACUAAUCUUGUUCAUUUGCAACCCUAGAAAACAGAAACUCUUUUUUUUUUUUGGUGAUCAUGGUGAAGGCUGGCAACACCCAUUUGUGCUAUAUACAUACAUAUUUAAACUCUUUUAUUGGGAGAUAGAAGAAGAUCUAAUAUCUAUAUAAACUUCAUUAUUUCCUCA